UCACCGUCCGCGAUCCUAUGUCCUGGUAGCUCAUUAGUCUUAAUAAACGGCCACAAAAAUGCGGGAAACAUUUAUAUCAAUUCUCGCGUUGCUCGCCAUUGCUCCCUGCACGAAAUGUUCGGAUAUCGGCAAGGAUGGCUUCAAUUUCUAUAAAGAUUACUUGCGUGCACGAACUGAUGACGUCAUGUCUGAGGGACCUGCAUCGGGGGAGCGUAUGCUAUAUCACAUGUUAAGUAAGGAGCUCUGGUCUGGCGAUUCUUUGGGCAAGCGUGGCUCUAAGACUGCCAUCUCUCUAAUCAUGCAAGGGAAACAUCCCUACUAUGCUACCGAGAGUCCUCGCGUAGACAACAAUAUGGAGCCUGUAGAGUAG